ACUUUUUUUCAAGUCGGUACACAGUUUUAACCUUUUGGCAUGUACUAAAUUAUAAAUCCAUGAUUUUACUUACUGCAAUUCCAUUGCUCAAUUAAAGAACUUCAAAAAUAAUAUUUUACAGCAUUCAAUGUAUUUGCACCACAAUCAAGAAAAGCAAAAUAAUUCAAUCCAAUAUUACAACUGCAGUCACUGUAAUAUUAGGACUCGUAAUGAUAUAUGCGUAACAAUAAAAUGUCAAUCAACAUCAUCAUAUGACAAUGAGUGCAGCUCUGAUUUACGUGCUUGUAAGGAUAUAGACGAAACUGUAAUUAGUAAUGGAAAUUGGAUUUUUAGUGAUUUGCAUAGCCUGCAUCGUUGUGUUCCAGCACUUCGGCGAACAGGGGUAAAUAUAUCUAGAAUUCGUAUGCAUUUUUAUCCAGAAGGCGGCUGGGGAUGGCUUGUCUGCACAGCCGGUUUUUUGGCUGUAUUGUUAACUAACGGAAUGCAGCUUGCUUUUGGUCAAUUAUAUAUAUAUAUUAUCAAACAUCUUGGGCAAUCAUAUUUAAUGAACAUUGUGUGGAUCGGUUCAUUGAGUGCUGCAAUAUCGCGCGUCACAGCACCUAUUGUUCUCGGUACAUGUCGUCGUAGCAGCAUUAGAUUUACAGCUUUCAUGGGUGGUCUUGUUCUAGCUUUAGCAUCACUUUUCAUGUCCUUCUCAGUUAAACCGCAUCAAGUACUUCUCAGCUAUGGACUAGUGCUUGGUGUUGGAGCUGGGUUGGUACGUGAAACUGCUGGGCUUAUAUUAGGACAUUAUUUUAAGAAACGUCGAGAAUUUGUGGAAAUGAUUGUCCAAACUGGUACCGGUAUUGGUAUAGCAGUUUUCAGCGUUUGUUACAAAGAAGCUGUUGGAAAACUUGGUUGGAGGCUUGGUCUUCAAACUAUUACUGGCAUAUUGUUCUUGGCCAUUUUUUUGGGAUUAGUUUAUCGUAAUGCCUCACUUUAUCACCCUCAACGUCAUGCAAUUUUACAUCUAAAGAACCAACAGAACAAACUUAAACCGAAAUCUAAAUCUGCACAGAAGGCUUUUCAACAACCUUUCAUAGAUUUCAGCCCUGUUAACUGUCGACCAGUACGAAUGUUAAUGUUCGCUGCUGGCACCGCCUCUUUCGGUCUCUACACACCAGCUUUCUACAUUGUGAGUUAA